GUGGAGCGUGUUCGGAAGGCAGUGGUCCUCCCAGCAGCUGCCUCGCCUUCUCCCGUGGAGCCCAGCACGAGUGGAAGGAAGGAGCCACCCAAUCCGCCUCUGGACCUGGGCAUUAACGCGUCGUUCCUCUUGGCUGGAAAGCUCCCAUUGCGCCCUGCGGGGAGAGCGGGCAUGUCGGUGGCGGGGCUCAAGAAGCAGUUCCACAAGGCCAGCCAGCUAUUCAGCGAAAAGAUCAGUGGAGCUGAAGGAACAAAACUGGAUGAUGAUUUUCAAGAGAUGGAAAGGAAAAUUGAUGUCACAAGCAAAGCUGUGGCAGAGCUUCUCUCAAGGUCUACUGAAUACCUCCAACCCAAUCCAGCCUCCAGAGCCAGACUGGGUAUGUUGAAUACAGUGUCCAAGAUUCGAGGACAAGUUAAAACUACCGGCUACCCACAGACAGAAGGCCUCCUGGGGGACUCCAUGCUCAGAUAUGGGCGAGAACUAGGAGAUGAGUCUACUUUUGGUGCUGCACUUAUCGAUGUGGGGGAAAGCAUGAAGCAGAUGGCUGAAGUGAAAGACGCCUUGGACAUCAGUGUCAAGCAGAACUUCAUCGACCCUCUACAGCUGUUGCAAGACAAAGAUUUAAAGGAGAUUGGACACCAUCUGAAGAAACUAGAAGGACGGCGUUUAGAUUAUGAUUACAAAAAGAAACGUAUUGGGAAGAUACCAAAUGAGGAGGUUAAGCAAGCUGUAGAAAAGUUCCAAGAGUCCAGAGAGUUGACAGAACGGAGCAUGUUCAACUUUUUAGAGAACGACAUAGAGCAAGUGAGCCAAUUGCUAGUCUUCGUAGAAGCUGCACUAGACUAUCAUAAGCAGUCCACGAAUAUUUUAGAGUUCUUACAAAGCAAGCUACAAGACAGGAUAAAUGUAGCAUCAAGUCGCCCAAGACGGGAAUUCAAGCCAAAGCCAGUAAGAAGAAGGCCACUGGAAGUAAGGAGAAACCAGCAGCACAAUGGGAUUUCGUUCAUCCCACUAAUAAAGUCAUCAGGUUCUUCGUUGCACAUGGACCAGCCUUGCUGCCAAGCCUUGUAUGACUUUGAGGCAGAAAACGAAGGGGAGCUUGGCUUUAAAGAAGGGGACAUCAUCACAUUGACCAGUCAGAUUGAUGAGAACUGGUAUGAAGGCAUGUUACGUGGCAAAUCGGGCUUCUUCCCCAUCAAUUAUGUUGAAAUUGUGGUGCCCUUGCCGCAUUGAGUACUCCCUGGCAUUCACGUUGCAGAUGCAGCCUUGUGACUCGGCCCUGUCUUCGCUUGGAGUCGUCUUUUAAAACGUGUGGCAUUCUGUGAAAGCCUUGCUUCUUUUAACUUGACUUUUUAUAUGCGUCUUUUAAACAUGUAUUUAUUUGCAUACGUGUAGUUUGUACAGACAAAGAGCUUCGAUUUUGCAAAAAUGAUCUUGGACUCCUUCGCUUUGUGCCUUGAAGAUUUCUUGUAUGAGGUAUUGACGAAUCGCUCAGCUGUUGCUCCCAAGUGCAUUUUUUUUCCAUCCAGGAAUAUCAAACUUGUGGUAGGGUUUGCUUUUGGGUAAAACCGAUGAUCAUUAAGCCAUCCUUGCGACCUUUAAAUGAAUUGUGAAAAGCUUGUACCUCUUGUGCCCUGUGCUUUGCCAAAGGGUAGAAUCCUGGUCUCCGGUGAUCGUCCUCUGUACUGUCAAUUUUUUAUUCUUCACUGACCAAAUGUUAAUAAACAGUGUGGUGUUUCCA